AGCAUAUUUAGAUUUGUCUCGUUUCAUCUUCCCGAGGCAGAAGAGGAGACGGACGCGUCGUUGCAGCAGCUCCCGUAUCCUCCAGGUCUAUCCAGGUCUAUCCAGGUCUAUCCAGGUCCAUCCCGCAGCAGAGGCUUCAGUCCGGGAGACGACAAGGUGCAGGGGGCGGGAGAGAGGGACCCACAUGAAGACUGUCUUUUUUUUAAUUUAAUGCUCGACACAACAGAGCUGCGCUGAAAAACGUGACGGCUUUUCUAAGUGAGCCCAGAGAUAGACCCACAGCGGAGCCACUAUGUCCAAGGAGACAAGAGGCAAAGGUACUCGAAUGCACAGCAGCCCACACUGGUGUCUGCAGAAUAUUGCACAAGAGUCUGUAGACAGCUCUGAUGAGGAGUUUUUCGACGCUAGAGCAGAUGUUAUGGAGGGGAAGAACGCGAUCCUGCUGGGCAUGAGCCAGUGGAACUCCAAUGACCUGGUGGAGCAGAUCGAGACCCUGGGACACAUGGAGGACCAGACACAUGAAAACUUGUACCAGCUAAGAGGUCCACACUGUGCCCCCCAGAGCAGCAUCGAGGGUCAAGAGGACAUGGAGAACAAAUGUAAGACGCAUGUGUUGCUGCUGGUGGUCCAUGGGGGUAACAUCUUGGACACAGCGGGCGGAGACCCCAACACAAAGGCUGGUGAUGUUGCCACCCUGUCGUCUGUGCUGGAAAAGGUGACGCGGGCGCAUUUCCAGGCCGCAGCUGAACAUGUGAUGAUCAAACUGGUGCCGUGUCCAGCUGUGUGUGCCGAAGCCUUCUCCCUGGUCUCCAAUCUAAACCCGUACAGUUACGACGAAAGCUGUGUGUCCAGCAGUGUGGACCACCUCCCUCUGGCAGCCCUCCCUCUUCUCGCCAUCGUUUCACCUCGGUAUCAGGACGCUGUGGCAACCGUGAUCGCCAGGGCCAAUCAGGUGUACCGCAGCUUCCUCCAAUCUGAGGACGGGCAGGGCUUCACUGGUCAGGUCUGCCUUAUGGGAGACUGUGUGGGUGGCGUGCUGUGCUUUGACGCCCUGUGCUUCAGUAACAAUCACAGGACUGGCAGCCCCAACAACAGCAGUAGAAAUAACAGCACCGAAAGCCUGAAGGACAGUUCAUCAGGGCUCCAGAGAGAGUCGAGUCUUGGGUUGAGUUCCAGUAAGAGAUUGAGUAAAAGUAAUAUUGACAUUUCGGUUCCAAACAACGGCCAAGGAGGACCCUCUCUGAGCCGCAAACAGAGCGACUCCUAUGAUGGAGACUCAUCCUCUGCAGGACAGCGGGGCUUCUUCUCCAGUUUGAUGAAGGAGGGAGUAGAGGUGCGUGGUGGCAGUAGCACUAGUCUGGUGUUGAAUCCAGGAUAUUUUGACUUCGAGGUGUCCGACUGUUUCCUGUUGGGCUGUCCAUUGGGUCUGGUGCUGGCCAUGAGGAGGACUGUGCUGCCCAAUGUUCAAGUGAGCCAACUUCGCCCUGCCUGUUCUCAGAUCUUCAACCUGUUUUAUCCUUCGGACCCCUCUGCCUCCAGACUGGAGCCCCUGCUGCAGCCCGUCUUUCACAGGUUACCCCCAUUUGCUGUGUCCCGCUACCAACGCUACCCUCUCGGAGACGGUCGCACAAUGCUCCUAGAUGAAAGCAUCCAAGGCCAUUCAAAUGUGUUCUUAAAAAGUGAACAAAGCUUGUCCACGCCGUUGUCAGAGGGUACGACUGAAAAAGACGAGGGAGGAGGACGCAGAGAGAGUGUGACCAGUGUGGGAAGUGAAACCUCUGUCUGUUCUAUGAGCCAACUCGGAAACCUAAUUUCAAACAUUUCUAGUACAUGGUGGGGCUCCAAGCGGCUCGACUUUGCUCUGUACUGCCCUGAUGUGCUCACUUCCUUCCCCACAGUGGCUCUGCCUCAUCUUUUCCAUGCCUCCUAUUGGGAAUCCACUGAUGUAGCAGCGUUUGUUCUCCGGCAGCUCAUGCGUUGUGACUGUGUGAAGGCCCAGGAAGCAGACCAUUUAGACUCCGCUCCUUUCUCACCCUCCAGUCCACGGGAAAAGUGGCUCAGAAGGAGGACACCUGUUAAAUUGAGGAACGUCACUGCCAACCACAGGGUGAAUGAUGUAAUUGCCACUGAGGAUGGGCCCCAGACGCUGGUGGGCCGCUUCAUGUACGGCCCAUUGGACAUGGUCACUCUAACAGGGGAAAAGGUGGACAUCUUCCUCAUGACACAGCCACAGUCCGGCCGCUGGGUGCACUUUGACACAGAGGUGACUAAUAGCAGUGGCAGAAUCACAUACACCAUCCCCAAGAGCAAAAUGCUGAGUCUAGGAGUCUAUCCAAUUAAAAUGGUGGUCAAGGGCGAUCAGACGAGUGCAGAGGCCUACCUCACUGUGUUGCCAAGGGGUAUGGAAUGUGUUGUCUUCAGUAUUGAUGGCUCAUUUGCUGCCAGUGUGUCAAUCAUGGGCAGUGACCCUAAGGUCCGCCCCGGAGCUGUGGAUGUUGUCAGGCAUUGGCAGGAUCUGGGUUAUCUGAUCAUCUACAUCACAGGCCGCCCUGAUAUGCAGAAGCAGCGUGUGGUAUCGUGGCUCUCGCAGCACAAUUUUCCUCAUGGGAUGAUCUUCUUUUCUGAAGGCCUCGUUCACGACCCCCUGCGGCAAAAGACCAUCUUUCUCAGAAACCUCAUACAGGAGUGUCACAUUAAGAUAAACUCUGCUUAUGGAUCCAUGAAAGACAUAUCCGUUUACAACAUGCUUGGCCUCAGUCCCACACAAAUUUACAUUGUUGGACGACCGUCAAAGAAAUACCAAAACCAGUGCCAGUUCCUGAGUGAAGGUUAUGCUGCGCAUCUCUCUACCCUUCAAUUUGGGCACCGAGCCAGGCCCAAGAAAUCCCCUUCGGUUCGCAUGGUUCUGAGGAAAGGCUCUUUUGGACUCUCUGCUAAACCGGACUUUCUGUGUAAGCGGACCCAUCUGCGUAGGACCAUGUCAGUGCAGCAGCCAGACCCUCCCUGUGCAGCCAACCCCAAACCAGAGAGGGCUCAGAGCCAGCCCGAAUCAGACAAGGACCAUGGAGGAGCGGGAGGAGCAGGUCCAGGAGGAGCAGGGGGGCAGGGGGCCUGGGGACGGGCUUCUAUGCACCGGGGGGACACCACUCCAUAA